AGCCAUUUCACUCAUUGAGCUGUACAGUUCGCAAAGCCUUGGGCUGCUUGGCCUGUUCAUUGCCAUGACCACUGGCGGCGCUGAUGGUGGUCAUAGCCAUGGUGACAACCAGGCCCACAUGUGUGGUCACGGCCAGGCCGAACAUGGUGCUGGCCACAGCCAUGGCCACAGCCAUGGCCACAGCCAUGGGCACAGCCACGAGCAUGGGCAGAGUGGGCAUUGCAACGGUCAUGCUGGUCAUGGUAGUCAUAGCCCAGCACACGUGCAUGCAAAAGUUGAUGUUGACAGUGAUGACGACAGUCACGAUGAAGAAUGUGGAUGUGGCUUUGCACAUUCCCAUGAUGAGAGCAGUGAGGAUGAAUGUAGUGACGAAGAAUGCAGUGGGCACGGAGGACACGGUGCACACGGGGCACACGGAGGACAUGGAGGACAUGGAGGACAUGGACAUUCUCAUGCCGGACAUUCUCAUGGUGGACAUGGCCAUGAGAGCAGUCAUGCACAUGGUCAUGGUCACGGUCAUGGCGGACACAAGGCAGUUCUUGAGGACAACACUCCCAAAAUGACCGCGCUGGAACACAGCCAUACCGCCAAGCUGGAGCACAGCUACACGAGCCAGUCGAUUAAAAGUGCCCUGCAAACCACGAAAUCUGGAGCAAAGACCAUGAGAUCGCAGAGAACCUUUGCCAGAAGCCGCACAAGCUUUAUGUCACUCUUCUCUCAAAGAAGAAGUGCAAGCAGCCUUCUCCUUCCUGAGGAAAUUUGCAGUGCUUGCUGUGGUCACGCUCUGCCAGAGAUUUGUUCUGUGAGGGGUUGCAGACCCCACGAGGUGGUGAAGACCAGGCUCAGCGUUCGCAACAUUUGCUGCGACGCCGAAGUCCGGCUCAUCAAGCGCAUUUUGGAACCGCUGAAGGGCGUGGAAACCGUCUCGAUGAAUCCCUUCUCCAAGAUUUGCGUCGUGGCGCAUUGUCCAAUUCCCUGUUGCCUUGCGCCGGAAGCCAUCCUCGAUCGCUUGAACAAGUCGGGGCUGGGCGCUGCGCUGCUGGGUCAGGGUGCAGGAGCUGAUGACGACAUCAUCGAGUUUGACUUUUUGCUUUGGUUCCAGCUGCACAUCCGCCAUCUUUCCGUCCUGCUGUCUGGACUUCUGCUGAUCAUUGGCGCCAUCUUGCAUGCGACCUUGGGGCACGACGAGCAGGCAGGACUUGGCUGCCAAAUCGCAGCGAUUUGUAUUGGGAUUCCAUUUAUUCUUUGGGAAGCUGGUGUGAACUUGUCCAAGUGCCAGCUUGAUUUGGCCGCACUUGUCGUGAUCGCCACUGGAGGUGCCGUGGCGCAGGGAGAGAUGGCAGAUGCUGCUUUGGUCAUUGUCCUCUAUAACUUGGCCAAGGUGAUUGAGCAAAUUGCCAUGAGUCGUGUAUCCAAGGCCUUGCGAACUGUCAUGCAACUGGAGACGAUUCGUAUGGUUUCUUUGGCACAAGAUGGCCGAAUGGUCGCGGCCGAAGAGUUGAAAGAAGGAGAUGUGAUUUCCUUGCGUCCGGGUGAAGAAUGUCCUGCCGACGGAGUGGUGACUCGAGGAUCAGCCUCCUGUUCCGAAGCGGCGAUCACUGGUGAAGCACGUCCUGUGGAGAAGAAGAAGCAGCACAAGAUUGCAUCAGGAUGUGUGAUCUUAAACGGAUAUGUCGAAGUGACCUUGACCAAAGACUAUUCGAAUUCGACCCUCUCGCAGAUUGAAGCGAAGGUGGAAGAAGCUCAAAUGCAGAGGACUGGCAAACAACUUGUCUUAGAGAGAUUUGCUCGCAUUUGGACGCCUGUCGUCCUGUUGACAGUCCUCAUUGUGUGCACAGUGGUGCCCUUGAGCACUGGGGAGAGCUUUCAUGAUUGGAUCCACCGUGGUUUGGUGAUCCUACUCACUGCAUGUCCUUGUGCUAUCGUUAUUGGUGCUCCUUUGGCCACCACGUGUGCGAUUGCAGCUGCUGCCACCCGUGGAGUGCUCAUCAAGAAGCCACAGACAGUGGAGCUGCUGCCGUCGAUUCGCUCUGCCGGUCUGGACAAGACCGGGACGCUCACCAAAGGUGAAUUUGCGGUCCUUCACGUCGAAACAUUUGUGCAAGGAAGUGAUCCAGGUGAUUUGGACCCUCUCAAGAUGGCUGCAGCUGUGGAGAUGAAAUCCGCUCAUCCCAUCAGUGCGGCCAUCGUCUCGAAGGCCGUGGGCUGCGUGGGCGAGGCCUUCGAAACCGCCGACGAGCCAGCCGUGAAGAAGUUCAAAAACCUCCCAGGCGUCGGCGCGCAAGGCAAUGUAUCUUUUGGAUCGAAAACGGCGAGUGUUCUCGUUGGAAAUCAUCGAGUCUUGGAAGCUGUCGCGGAUCCCGGGGCCAGAUCCAUGUUCGCCAAUUUUCAGCGAUGUCAUCCCCACGACACUACUGUGGCGGUGGUGGUGAACGGCACCUUGCGGCUUGGCAUGGCACUCAACGACACUAUCCGCAGCGAUGCAGCCAAAGUGGUCGAGGAAUUGAACGCUUUGGGCUGUGAACCAGUCAUGUUGACCGGCGAUGCGGAAGCAGCCGGAAGGCAUGUUGCCAUUGCGACUGGUUUGGAUCCGUCUGUUUGCUACUUCUCAAUGCAUCCAGAGGACAAGCACGAUUGGGUUCAGAAGCAGGAAGACUCAGGCAAGCCUGCACUGAUGCUCGGUGAUGGCAUCAAUGAUGCGACAGCGCUCGCCAUUGCGAGCGUCGGCGUCGCCAUGGGUGAGACAUCGGCAGCGUUAGCAGCGAACUCGGCUGAUAUGGUGAUGAUGACCGACAAGCUGCAACGACUCUCACAGUGCAUCAGGCUUUGUCGCUAUGCCGUUUGGAUUGAGCGGUUGAACAUUAUCCUUCCCUGCCUGGUGAAGAUUGUGGAGGUUGGCUUCGCAUUAUUUGGCUAUUUGGCCUUAUGGAUGGCUAUCGUAGCUGACUUGGGCGGUUUAUUGCUCGUUCUCAUCCUUGGCUUGAGCGUUUUAUCUCAACGCUUCUGGAGAGAGAUCGCCGAUUCACCCGAGUACGCGGCCAUCAGUGAGAGGACGAGCUCUGGAAGCUCCGAGAGUUUACCUGAGAGCUGUGUAUAGGAACGGGUCAAGACAGAGAUGUAUUUCUUUGGAACUUGGGUCCUUUUUCGAACAAAUCUUGCAACGAAGUGGACACCGGGCUACCACGACAAUUAAUUCACGCAUAGCACUACUUGCUGAGCUUUUUGCAGGUCCCUUCAAAAACCUCAGGGAUCUGAGAAGUGACAGGAUACAAGAUGAUUUAGAGAAAUGACGG